GUCUCCUCCGCUGCUGCAGGUGGCGCUGCUGUUUGUUUUGCUCGUCAAAAACAGGAGCGAGUUCCGGUGAAUAUCAAAUUUCUGCUUGUUCUUCUGCUCACCGAUGAAUUUCGCUGAUAAUUUACACAAAUGGCCGAGUAGGAUGGAUCUGGACUUCGGGAACAAACUGCCCCAGGCUCUGUCGACAAACACUAAACUGCCCCAGUCUCUCUCCUCUAGCGCCAAAUUUCUGCCCUCAGGCCCGUUUGAGCACUACGCGCGCCCGGCGGGAGUCAAAGUCAAAGAGGAAGACGAGAGUGUGGAGGACUUCUUUCAUUUCGCUCAGCACCUGCAGCAGCAGACCGGAGAGUGUCUCACAGCUUGUUGCGGCGGCUCGAACCCUAAAAGCCUGUCUCUCUCGGAUCCGGCCAAGACCGGCAGCCGUCCCUCGGCGGACCGGCCGUACCACUGCCAGGACUGCGGCAAGUACUUCCGCAUCAACGACAUCAAGCGGCACCAGCGCAUCCACAGCGGAGAGCGGCCCUUCCCCUGCUUCCAGUGCGGCAAGAACUUCCCCACGUCUGGGGACCUGAAGCGGCACGAGCGCAUCCACACGGGCGAGCGGCCCUACCACUGCCUGCAGUGCGGCAAGAACUUCUCCGACUCGGGCCACCUCAAGCAGCACGAGAGGAUGCACACGGGCGAGCGGCCCUACCAGUGUCCGCAGUGCGCCAAGCGCUUCUACCGCUCCGGAGACCUCAAGCGCCACCUGAGGAUCCACAGCGGCGAGCGGCCCUACAAGUGCCUGCAGUGCGGCAAGACCUUCUCUGACUCCGGGCACCUGCGGGGCCACCAGCGCAUCCACACGGGCGAGCGGCCCCACCGCUGCACGCUCUGCGAGAAGAGCUUCUUCAGAUCGGGCGACCUGAAGCGGCACCACAGAACGCACACGGGCGAGCGGCCCUACCAGUGCUUCCAGUGCGGCAAGAGCUUCUCGGAGUCGGGUCACCUGAAGGAGCACCGGAGGAUCCACACCGGAGAGAAGCCCUACCACUGCAACCAGUGCGACAAGAGCUUCUCGCGGCUGGAGCGGCUCAAGGGCCACCAGAGCAUCCACACGGGCGAGCGGCCCUUCCACUGCACGCAGUGCGGCAAGAACUUCUUCCGCUCGGGCGAGCUGAAGCGGCACCAGAGGAUCCACAGCGGCGAGCGAGCGUGAGCGCACAAACACCUGAGAGACUGCAGCCGGUCGCCCAGCUUUCCUCUUCCUUUCCUGAUAGAAGUCAGCGCACGCUGUGUGUCGUCAUAAGUGUGUUCGUCGUCGUAGACCGUAUGAAGCGCUAGCUCCGCACGCCUCGCUCUGAUCUCACCGUCUGUAUGUUGUUCACAAAUAUAUAGUCCAGUGACUCACUAGAACUGUGUAUUCUACAGGAGGAUAUUAUUACUGUGUGUGCUCACAUUCCUUGUAUUUAAUGAAUCUCCCUCAAACUGUCUGUGGUUAUUAUUAUUUUUUAUAUAUAAACUGAACUGUUUUACUGUCGACAUGAGGAGACGCCACUGAAGCGCUUCUGAAUCUGGUUUCGAUGUGAGCGUCUGGUUUCUCUCGAUGGUGGCUGUGUGUUUUACUCGCUGCUGUAAAUCACGUGUGUGUGUGUGUGUGUGUGUGUGUGUGUGUGAAACACAGUUAUUGUUUCACUGUAACACUUUAUUAACUGUCAUAAAAGACGACACAGAGUAUAGAUGUGCUCUAAUUCAGCAGCUGUUUCUGAGCACCAGGUGAUUAAUAUAGUGAACUGAGCUCAUGAAUCAUAAUAGAUUUACCUUUUAACUUUUUUAAAUUAGCUCUUUACAUUUAUUAUUGUUUUGAAUGAUCCUCUAUUUUUACUUUCUCUCUAUAUGUGUGUAUUUAACCAUCAGUAGCUUGGAAGGCUUUAAUGCCAUCAGAAGGCUUUUAUAAGAGCUGUGUGCAGGAUUGAAUUAUAAUAAUUUGGGUUCUUCAUGUGCAUGAACGUUUUCUUCAUAUGUGUGUGUCAUCAUCUUUAAUAAACACUUCACCUCUAAUUACA